ACUCGCCAUCGCCCAUGAAAAACCCCCCACCAUCACCUCAUCCAUCAUAUCUCCCCUCCCCCUCUACCGUACUAGCCCUGAAGCAGCGAAAGAUGGAGAAACAGACCCUCAUCCCCCUUCAAACUAACCCCAGUCCUACCAGAUACGAGCCUCGUUCCGCCUCCCACCAUGUCAUUGGCGCCAACUACGCGAGUGGCAGGUUUGACAGCGCCAUGAGACGCGCGCCGUCACUCUUUUUCCACGCAUGGAAUUGUUGCGUUUGGUGGUUUGCGGAUUAUCUUUUUUGUGUUUUUCCUCUUCCUAUACCGUUCUCGGAUAUGUCGCCGGUGCCGCGGAGCCAAUCGGUUAAGGAGUCAGGAAGGAGCGGGGUCCUUGUCGAUUUUGCUGUGGGACCUUUCUUGGCUGUUGGCUUGGGCGAGUGUUGGGAGGAUAUGAUGUUGAGAGGCGAUUAA